UAUAACUUUCAAACUUUUGGUAAAAUAUCACUUUUUAGUAGCAAAUGUGACCUCAAAUAUGACAUUAUCAUAUAUCAUGCACGUAUUAUGAUAUGAUAUGCAGCUGGCACUAACACACCACAAGUAUUGGUAUUAAAAAGUCUAUUUUUUCAUUUUCUGAUUAUCAAAUUUUCAAUUUUAUUAGUAGUUAAAAAAUAAGUUUGUGUUUCACAACUCUAAAAAAUGUGCAUGAUAUCACAAAUUUCUUUUUGAGUAGCAAGCAGCAUAAUUCUAGAAACUGGUUUGUUGAAGCCUUACAUGUUGCAACAGGAUACAAGAUAAGCAGUGACCUUUCUAAAGUGAAAUGCAAAUUGCCAAACAAUCACAAUUGUCAAAUCAUCCAGUGGAACACCCAUUAAGUUCAUCUUCAAUCAGACUUCCUAAGAAUUGCUUUUUCUCCAUCUGGACUGCUACCUUUUGACCUUGGUCUGCAGCCAAUUCUGCUCAGUAACCUUUACACCAUGUUAGUUAUUCCCUUUUCCCACCUGAUCUCAUUAGAAGCAACUUUCUUCCUGUUUUGUAAGAGAAAUAGGAAAUCUGCUCAUUCAGUGUGAUGCAGUCCAAGACACUCACUGCCAAUAAAACAAUCAAGAUGCAAAAUGUUGGGGAAAUUGGAUAAGGCCAAGAAUAACAUUACAGAAAAUAUGAAGUGAUGGAAAAUAAGAAAAAUAAUGGAACCCUGAUAAUUAAGCAGCAUUGUGGUGCUCUUGUCACUUUUUUUUAACCUUUUCCUUUAUAUACCCCCGGCUGAGAUACAGAUGCCAUUUUCAGGAGUAAUAUACCUAUAGUCUGUUGCAAUGGAUGAACUGACCUCUUGGAGAAACCACCAAACUUCUGAAGCCUACAAAAAAACCCUGCAAAUCUCCAAAUGCAAAACAAGAGGCAGAUAGCUGUCUUCCCCAAAAAAGGGGCUCCUGUAUUUGUCAUCUUCUCCCACAGCAUUGCAAGGACUAACCCCUUGUUGUCUGUGAUCCCCAUUCCCAGCUGCUGGGCAGUGCCGAGCUAGCUGUUGUCUGGUCAGAGCACCUUGCAGCCCCUUCACAGCCCUGCACCCUCCCCGCGGGUGGGUUCUGCCUUCACCAAAAUGUGGAGCCAGCAGCUGCCUCUGACAGGUCUUGCCUGCUUCUCUUUCAUUUCUUACGGUUGUCAGGGAACUGGCUGGCAUAGAAAACUAGUUUUUCUUUGGCUAAAGAUUAUCCUGCUAUCUAGUUCUUCCCUCUAAGUGAGGUGUAGCCUAGUCACUGGCUUUUGAUUCUUCUGAGAGUUACAAUAUUUAUUUAAUCUUUUUACUUCCUAAUUAAGGAUUUUUUUCAGACUAUCCCUUUUUAUCUCUUUUCCUAUAGAAAGGGAGUGUAUUUGAAUUCUUAGAUUUUUUUUUUUCACACAGAGAGAAUACAAUUUCCUGUCCAGGUUUUCCUGUAACAUUUAAUUAAUCCUUUAUCACCACAAAUAUGAUGCUAUAAUAUUCCAAGUAUAAAUUUCUAUGACCAGGCAAGUGAGUACAGAUCUACACAGAAAACAAGAAGUUAAAAUUAUUUUUAUCGACACCAUUCUUUCAUAAAUACCAUCUUGUAGCAGAAGGAGUAGCAUUACAGAAGAUGUGAAUUACAUUAAUUAACUGAACUUUAGAUAGCAGUCAUGAAUAACUCAAUAUUUCUAUUUAGGGUGAGUUGAGAUCUGAAACAUCAAAAAACCCAGAAGUAAUAAAAAGUAUUUUGUAAAAUAAAGUAUGUUUAACAGAUAUGCAGAAAGUAGAAAUUGUACAGGAGAAGGAUUAUUGUAAAUUCACCUGGAUCUGUUAACCUAUGGGAAAACAACUUGAAGGAAGAGCAUUCAUUAAUAUUUGAAACCAGAGAGCAUGAAGCGAAGGUGUCUCGGUAAACAGUCCUGCAGCAGAAAGAAGAUGAACUGGUGGACUUCAUAUUAGGCAAGACAGAUGUAAAUUACUUGCCUUUUGAAACAGUUUAUUUUAAUGUGUUUCUGUCACAGUACACUUUUGCAGUUACAUUUCUGGAAGAGAAGCUGUUGCUGUUGAGUGGGCAUCCAGCAGCACUGACUCUACCAUUUCACUGUGCUCCACCUGCCUCCCAUGUUCUCAGCUUCACUCACACCUUCCCUGCACUAAUUCCUACCCCCAACAACCAAGAGCUUUACCUUCCUUAUUACUGAUUUCCUCUGUCACAACUGGGCCACCUCUUUUAAAGACCUGAAUUCAGUGAAGUCAGUGUCUAAAAUAACAGCUUUCCCUGACCAGCACAACCUCCUGCCCCCCAUCCCUGAGAAAGAUGCACCUGCCUACAUGCUGAGUGGCAGCUCACAUUAGUGGGAAUCUGCUCCACUUUAUGUCUUUUCCACUGAAGCACAUCUUUUAAGGGAAGUAAUCUAUUUUUGUGUCACUAGUUGCUUUUGCAGUUGAAUUUUUUUCUGUUUUUGCAACUUGAACCUUACAAACCAGUACAGGGAGGUGUGAGCUGGCUGUUGAAAGACCCAUCCAAUGAUAACUACACAAGUUAGGCAGCUGGAGAGAAAGCUGGGAGUGCUUUUCAGACCCCAGCAUAUCUUUGGGGUAACUCCAUGUCUAGGAAACCUGCUCAGUAAGAGACGCAUGCCUUCUGCUGCUUCUUCUGGGAGCUCACAGACACCCCUCAAGGUUGCCCUGUGUCCCAGUCUGGGGUGCUGGACUCCUGCAUAGGUCAUGCAAGUGCUUCAUGCCAGCUUCCUAGGCUCUCUGGACCAAGGUACUGGAUGGCAACAUGUAGUGCUCAGAGAAGUAAAUCCUUUGUUGAACCUAGAUUGACACCUCUCAGAUACUAAUAUUCUUUAGUGCUACUGUAUCUUGGCAAGUCAGAGAGAAAAGGUGAGGUGACAUCCCCCCUCACAGAACAGCAUUUUUUACCUAUGCCCAUUCCCCUCCCAUGUCAGUGUCUGCAUUUAUAUGAAGCAUAUUUUCCCUCAAAACUUUUAAUGGGGAUUCAUGAAGAGCAUCUUUGAUGGUUGUUGGUUGUUUUUCUUUUAAAGUCAAGUAAGUCAAAUUUAGCAAAUACAGAUCCCAUUCAUAAGCAGUGAAGUGUAUAAACCUCUGCAAAUCAUGCAAUGAAGGGAGCAGUCCAAGUUUACACUCCAAAGAUUACAGUGGCAAAAGAACAGUUCAGGAAGUUUCUGCUUCCUUCCUAAAGUAGGUAGAAGGUUACAAAUUAAUCUCAAAAGAGUUUAUAAGUCUUCAAAGAGUUAAUAAGUAGGUUAAAACUGCUUGCUUCUCUUAAUUGUCGACAGGGCAGUUGGUCCUGUAGCAUAUAAAGUACCCAUACAUGAAAAUGAGAAGAACAGCAGAGAGAGACAGCAAACAAACAGCAGACAUGAACAAAGUGCUGUGUCUUCUGCAAAAGAUGCCAAAAGGUUUUUUUACUUUCAUUCGUCUUUUUAUGCUCUUACUCAGUUUCUCCACUAUUUGCCUGGGAGUACUUUGCAUGUCCACAAAUUCCUCCAUGUGCAAAUGUGGGAAAAACAAGCUAGUGUUUUAUUGCCUGUUAGCUCUGGGGCUCUGUCUCCUUGUUACUGGUAUUUUCUGGAGCACUUUCCAUGAAGUCUUGAAAUACAGGGCCCUUGGCAUCUUCAUUCGAAAUCCCAGCCACAGAGAACCACAUGUCUGCACCAUAGACAGGCCUGACUUCUAUCCUCCCUCUUAUGAAGACAGCAUAGAUCCUGAAAAACUGGUCUCCCCACUGUCAGUUGCCUCCACACUAAAACAGCAAGAAUUCAUCAAUAUUCCUCCGCCUCCAUACAGUGAAAGCAGCGCAGAGUUUGUCAGUGAAACAAAUGAGCAGGAACAGCCACCACCAUACACAUUAUCUCUGGAGCAACAGCAAACAGCUGACCAAGACCCAAAUCCCAGAAAGGAGUUAAAUUCUCAUAUAUUCAUGCAAGAAAUCAGUUGCCAACAGGAUACAGAUUUCCAGAGGGCCUCAGGAAGAGCAACACCUGUCAAAACAUGAGAGACAGGCAGCCAGUAAAAUCCUGCAUCUGCAAAGCAGGGAAAACUGGAAGAAGACUUGUGUCAGUGAUCCCCAAUAGUAAUACUAUUUAAGGUGAAAUU